GUUCCUUCGCGUUCUGUCACGACAUGUCCAGUCGGAGGCACGGAGGGUAGGGCGCAGGAGACGGGUACAGUGAGCUCGUACAGGCGGCAAAAAUGUCAGAUUCUAAACCCAUUGCGGCGAUCAUACCCUGGUCGCAAGUAUGUCGCAUGCUGGACAAAGUACAGGCGGCUGUCAAGGCUGCCAAGAAGGAAAUGUUGGUCAAGUUCAUCGUGCAGUUUCGUGACCUUCUCAAAAAGAAACUGGAAAAGGAUCCCCAGUCUACGGACAGUUUUUUUCCUGUGCUUCGCAUUCUGCUACCAGCUCUUGACAGAGCCCGAGGAGCCUAUGGUGUCAAGGAACGUAAACUUGCAGAACUUUAUAUUCGCAUCCUUGGCUUGAAGAAAGAGGGCAAUGAUGCACAGAAGCUUCUGCAUUAUAGGAAGCCCAAAUCAGAAGGAGGUGGAGAGACGGGAGAUUUCGCAGAGGUGGCAUACUAUGUUCUGAGGAGUCGCUGUGAUGACAAGGGCAACAUGACUCUCUUGGAUGUCGACACACAUCUGACUUCCAUUGCUGAAAAUUAUGCAGCAAAGAAGCAUGAGGAAGUUGAAAGAUCUCUUCUCAUGAUGCUAAGGAAAAUGACAGCAACAGAACAAAAAUGGCUUAUUCGCGUUCUCCUGAAGGACAUGAAACUAGGCAUUGGCCAGGGUACAAUCUUCAAUGCCUGGCACCCAGAUGCUAAAGACUAUUUUGAUGUGAAUAACAGCUUGGAAAAAGUAUGCAAAACUCUGCAAGAUCCCACUGUUCGUCUCCAUGAGAUCGAGGUGUCCCUCUUUUCUGCCUUCCGUCCCAUGCUGGCUGAACGUGCAGUGCUGGAGAAAGUGGAGGCACAGAUGGACCAUAAGACUUACUUUGCUGAAACCAAAUAUGAUGGGGAACGGUCACAGAUUCACAAGAAUAGAAAUGCCUACAAGUACUUUUCACGAAAUGGCUUUGAAUUCACCAACAAUUUUGGCAGUGACCCAAACAGUGGCCUUUUUACACCUUACCUUCAUGGCCAAUUCCUUCCCCAUGUGAAAGACAUCAUCCUUGACGGAGAGAUGGUGGGAUGGAGCAAGAAACAUGGUGCUAUUGUUAGCAAAGGAGAACAUUUGGAUGUCAAGAAUCUAAAAGAGGAUGGGGACUUGCAGGUCUGCCUUGUCCUCUUUGACAUCAUUUAUCUGAACGGCCAGGUGUUGACUAAUCUGCCCCUGUCAGAGAGGCUUGAAAAGUUGAAGACUGUGCUCAUGCCACUAGAGGGAAGGAUCCAGUUCUCUGCCAAGGUGGAGGUCACGACAAAGGAAGAUGUCAUCAGAAUCUUGAAUGAUGCCAUUGACAAUCGAGAAGAAGGAAUUGUGCUGAAGAAUCCAGAUUCCAUUUACAGCCCUGCUUCUCGGAAAGGAGGUUGGAUCAAAGUCAAGCCGGAGUAUGUGGACUCCUUGGUCUCAGAACUGGACCUACUGAUCAUUGGAGCGUAUUAUGGAUCGGGAAGGCGCAAAGGGGUCCUCUCUCAUUUUCUGCUGGGUGUUGCUGUCCCCAGUAAUGAAGUUGGAGGAAAACCCACAGAAUUCCACUCCUUCUGCCGUGUCGGGUCAGGUUACACCUAUGCUGAGCUUGGUGACCUCGUGGCCAAGUUGUCUCCCCAUGCCAGGAAAGGGCAAGCUCCCCCUGGGGUAUUUGUGGCCAGGGAGAAACCAGAUCUGUGGAUUAAUCCUGCAAAGUCAUGCAUUGUGCAGGUUAGAGCUGCUGAGGUAGUAAAAAGUGAAAUGUACAAAACUGGAGUGACUUUGAGAUUCCCUCGUGUGGAGAAGGUCCGUUAUGACAAGCCAUGGUACGAUACACUUACAACAAAAGAAUUGGAUUCACUUGUGAAGGAAGCAUGUGGUAAGCUGGCCACAAAGCACCUUCUGGAAGUAGGUGAUGAACCCUCACCCAAGCGUAAAGCAUUGCCAAAGGUGGAACAGAUAUCCCUUCCCAUGCACUUCCGUCCAGCUGACUUGUCACGGGUUGUCAAAAAAGAUGAAUUGUUCAGUGGGCUGGAGAUGUGCGUAAUGAGUGGUGAUGAAGACUACACCAAACAACAGCUGGAGAAGAUGGUGGUAGAGCAUGGUGGUUCCUUGACUCAGCACCCAGGAGGGAACACACAUUGUAUCAUCACAGACACAAGGUCUGUUCGUGUCAACAAUUACAUAGCAACCUCCUCUUACAAUGUUAUUCGGCCAUCAUGGGUCAUUACCUGUACUACCAAGUGUUGCCUGGUGCCAUGGGGUCCCUUAGAUGCCAUACAUGUCAUGGAAAAAGAAAAAACACGCAUGCAGGAAUUGUUUGACAAAUUUGGUGACAGCUAUUAUGAGCCCACAGAUGAGAAGACACUGAAAGAGUUAUGGAGAACAUGAAGAAAGAGGACUGUAUUCCUCUGACAAUAGAGGAAAUGCGUGAAUUCGAUGAGGCAUUGUGUGAGAUAGAUGAAACCCGUGCAUUGUUCCGUCCAGUCACAGCUGUAUUUAUUGAUGGGGAAGGGCAAGAACUAGCCUCCCUUGCACUUAGGCUGCAUGGAGGUUUUGUCGAGAGGAGUUCGUCUGGGGUGACACAUAUUGUUGUGUCAGACAAGGAGGGAAGUAACUGCAGCUUACGGCCAAGUGAGCACCAGGGACAGCAUCUAGUUACAUCGAAGUGGGUGUAUGACUGCAUCGAAAAAUGCAAACUUUUGGAGGAGCGGUAUUAUAUGCCAUGAACCGAUACUGGUGUUGUCACAAAUCUUAACCUUCUGGCUGAGAAAUAUUCCACAGAAUGUCCCAUUUUCUUGCCAAAAAACUGAAGGUCAUCACUAAGGUGUUUUCUAUAGGUUGCUAUUGUACGAGUGAGUUUUACAAAAUAAAAAUUGUUAGUAUAUGAAAGUAGACAUCAACAAGUAUGUUACUGAUUUACAAUGGCAAGCUGUUAGACUUUUAAAUAAUUGCAUGUGAUUUACUCUGCUCAAGGUUUCAAAGAAAAGGGAUAGUGCAUUCAAAUUCACCUUCACUGGGAAUUAUUAUUUUAAUAUCUGAUUCUUGUGGUAAUUUUUUUUUUCUGUUUUACAUAAAUGAAAUAUCUUUUGAACAUUUUAAUAUUCUAUUACUAUUAACACUAAUUGAUUAUUUUUUCAAAUAUCAUAACCAUCUAAAGAAGCAAAUAUAGACUUAUUUUUAUGAAUCUGUGAUUGUUUGACAAAUAAACUGUGAUAUCAUUUAA